AUGGAUUAUCUCUGUGUGAUGCUGUCUUGCUUGUUUCCUCUCAACUACUGGUUCGCUACAGCGAGGGCAGCAAAACCCGAAGAGCACCUCCUGUCUGGAAAGCUAAGUGAGUAUGGUGUGAUUGUGCCCUUCAGUACAGAUUGCCAGGGACAGUUCCUCUCACACAUGGUAUCUGGCUCAGUGGCGGCUGGCAGUGCUGAAGCCAGCCAUCCUUCCACCCCACCCUCUGCUCGGCACAGGGUGGCCCGCAGCACCCUGGAUGAGCCACUGCACCAAGGCAGAGCUGGAAAUCGCUUGUUAUACUUCAAUGUCACGGUCUUUGGGAAAGAACUGCAUCUCCGCCUGAAGCCCAACCGUCGACUUGUGCCACCUGGAGCCUCUGCCGAAUGGCAGGAAGAUUUUCAAGAGCUAUUCCGAGAGCCGCUCCAGCAGGAGUGUCUCUUCACCGGGGACGUCUCAGGCAUGCCGGGUGCCACUGUGGCUAUCAGCAACUGUGAUGGACUGGCUGGCCUGAUUCGGACAGACAGUAGUGAGUUUUUCAUUGAGCCUUUGGAGAAGGGGCAGCAGGAGAAGGAAGAGAAUGGGAGGGCACAUGUGGUCUACCGCAGAUCUGCCAUCAGACAGGAAAGAGCAGAAUCACACAAGGAUCUUCAUAAUGAAGUUCCAAGCUUCAGUGUGGGUGAGCUCCCAAACUCACUGGACCUGAUUGAAGACCGGCUCGGUGAAGUGGACAGGAAGAGACGCCACGCCAAGAAGGAUGACUACAACAUUGAGGUCUUGCUGGCAGUGGACGAUACAGUUGUGCGGUUCCAUGGGAAGGAACACGUCCAGAAUUAUGUCCUCACACUCAUGAACAUAGUGGAUGAAAUUUACCACGACGAGUCCUUGGGGGUUCACAUUAACAUUGUCCUGGUCAGAAUGAUCAUGGUGGGCUACAGACAGUCAGUCAGCCUAAUAGAGCGGGGGAACCCAUCUCGGAGCUUGGAGCAGGUCUGCCGCUGGGCCCAUUCUCAGCAGCGCUCAGACCCAGACCAUGCUGAAUACCAUGACCAUGCCGUAUUCCUCACCAGGCAAGAUUUUGGUCCAGCAGGUAUGCAAGGUUAUGCUCCUGUCACUGGUAUGUGCCACCCUCUACGCAGUUGCACUCUCAACCAUGAGGAUGGAUUCUCCUCAGCAUUCGUGGUUGCCCACGAGACCGGCCAUGUGUUAGGUAUGGAACAUGAUGGCCAGGGGAACCGGUGUGCAGAUGAGACCAGCAUGGGGAGCAUUAUGGCACCACUGGUGCAAGCUGCAUUUCACCGUUACCAUUGGUCCCGAUGCAGCAAGCAGGAGUUGAACCGAUACAUACAUUCCUAUGACUGCCUGCUAGACGAUCCCUUUGAGCAUGAAUGGCCCAAGUUACCAGAGCUCCCGGGAAUCAAUUACUCUAUGGAUGAACAAUGCCGCUUUGACUUCGGAGUGGGUUACAAAACAUGCACAGCUUUCAGAACCUUUGACCCUUGCAAGCAGCUGUGGUGCAGCCAUCCAGAUAACCCUUACUUCUGCAAAACCAAGAAAGGGCCCCCCUUGGAUGGGACCGAAUGUUCAUCAGGCAAGUGGUGUUUCAAGGGUCACUGCAUCUGGAAGACUUCAGAGCAGCCUUACAGCCAGGAUGGCAGCUGGAGUUCCUGGUCCAAAUUUGGCUCCUGCUCCAGGACAUGUGGGGGUGGGGUGCGCUCCCGCAGCAGGAACUGCAACAACCCACCUCCGGCCUAUGGUGGGCGCCAUUGCCCAGGUGCCAUUUAUGAGUACCAGGUCUGCAAUACUGAAGAGUGUCGUGGACCCUACGAAGAUUUCCGUGCCCAGCAGUGUUCUAAGCGUAACUCUUAUUAUACCCACCAGAACUCCAAACACACCUGGCUUCCUUAUGAGCACCAUGAUGAUGCUCAGAAGUGUGAGCUGAUUUGUCAGUCAGAAGAAACAGGAGAUGUGGUGUUCAUGAACCAGGUGGUUCAUGAUGGUACCAGAUGCAGCUACAGAGACCAAUACAGCGCCUGUGUUCGGGGGGAGUGUGUGCAUGUUGGAUGUGACAAGGAAAUUGGCUCUUUGAAGCAGGAUGACAAAUGUGGUGUUUGCGGGGGUGACAAUUCCCACUGCCGGACGGUGAAAGGGACUUUCAUCAAAUCCCCAAAGCAGCCAGUGGGUGUUUUGAAAAUGUUUGAGAUUCCGGUUGGGGCCAGAUACAUUCAGAUAGAAGAGAUGGAGCCGGCCUCCCAUAGCAUUGCUGUUAAGAAUCAAGCUACUGGAAACUUCAUCCUUAAUGUCAAAGCCAAGGAAGCCAAAAGCAAAACCUUCAUUGAGAUGGGCUUGGAGUGGGAAUACACAAUUGAGAACGGCAAGGAGAGCUUGAAAACCAGUGGCCCCCUGCAUGAAGCAAUCAGUGUGCUGGUUAUCCCACAGGAAGAUGAGUCCAAGAGCAGCCUGAUGUAUAAGUACAUUAUCCAUGAAGACCUGCUGCCAGUGAUUGGAAACAAUAAUGUCCUUCUUGAAGAGAUGGAUUCCUAUGAGUGGGCCCUCAAGAGCUGGUCUCAGUGCUCAAAGGCUUGCGGAGGAGGCAUCCAGUACACCAAGUAUGGCUGUCGGAGGAAAAGCGAUAACCGGAUGGUGCAUCGGAACUUCUGUGAUAAUGGCAAGAAACCCAAGCCGAUCCGGAGGCGAUGUAACCCGCAGGAGUGCUCCCAGCCAGCCUGGAUGGCAGAGGAAUGGGGAGCCUGCAGCAAGUCCUGUGGCAAGCUAGGAGUUCAGAUAAGAGUGGUGCAGUGUGUCCAGCACCUCCUGAAUGGCACAAACCGGACGGUACACACGAAAUACUGCACAGGAGAUCGACCGGACACACGCAGGCCCUGCAGCCGCUUGCCCUGUCCAGCCCAAUGGAGGACAGGUGCCUGGUCCCAGUGCUCAGUCAGCUGUGGAGAAGGCAUCCAGCAGCGCCAGGUGGUGUGCAAGGCCAGUGACAAUAGCAUUGGGCAAUGUGAAGAUGAGAAACCAGAGACUGUCCAAGUCUGCAAAAUGGCAGCGUGCCCAGGAAAGCUACCAAGUAUUGCAGCAAAGGCAGACACCAGUGAUCAUGUGACUCCAAAAGUACAGUGGGUACCCCAGGAUGGGCCCCAAAAUCCUGUUAACAAGAUAUCUUCAAAAGAGCCUUGCCUUGGGGACAAGUCCAUAUUCUGCCAGAUGGAAGUUCUGGCUCGCUACUGCUCCAUCCCUGGCUACAACAAACUCUGUUGUGAGUCCUGUGGCAAAAAGGUCUCCACCACCAGCGUGCCGCCCAGUGUAGACCAAGGUGCUUCAGAGACUGGAACUCACGAGGGUGCUUUCUUUCCCAGCCCAGUCACACCACUGCCCUUUCAUCCCACUGCCCGGCAUCGCCCACAUAGGAUACAAAGCACAGCUGCCAAAGAGACAGAUGCAUCCCAAGCUGCUCAUGCCCAGCUGCCCAGCACGGAAGGUUCAGCUGCCCAUGGAACCUCUUGGGCUAAUGCUGCGACCCAGUCUCGGGGCACUCCAGUCGAUGAUACUUCAAAAGUUGACCCCUCAAGACCACUACCUCCUAGCCGGUAUGCUGCAGCAGGGCAGAGUUCUGGAGAACUCUGGGGCAGCACUGCCUUUCAAUGGUUCUCUCCCGCCUUGAACAAACCUGCCGGUGCACACAGCGAAAGCAAUUCCUCUGUCCCCUCCCAGGGCGUAGCACGACGGAGAAGGCAUAGUACGGGAUCCGAGCAGCUGGGGAAUAGUCUCAGGACCUCCUCCCCUGUUGUGACAUGA